GGACAAUUCGUCUCCCCGGGCUGCCCAAGCGACAGCUGUCAGAGGGGCAGGAGCUUCUGGGAACCGCCAUCUGAAGAUGAUGCCUUGGUAUGCACUCUACAAUUAAGAAGGGCCUGUGGACGUCGGGGACGUCCACCCGCGCUGGGGGGUACGCUGGGGCGGAUAAAGCGGCGCAUUUGCAUCGCGGGGCCUUGGGCUGCCUGACUGCGGCUGCCGCGAGCAGAUUAUUUAUUGCGACCGCGCCGGGCGCUCGCUGCUGCCACGCUGUGGCCGUCGCCGGAACCGACGCCAGCCGCAGCCCCGCGUCGUGCAGCCUGGCGCGACUGCUGCGCGGGCCCCUCAGAGGUUCCCAAGCAGCCCGAGGAGAGGGGGGCGAGGGAGGACCUCAGGGGCGGCCUCCCAGGGCCUGACUGGCCGGGAACCUCCCCCGCCUUGGCCACCCCUGACCGGAGCUGGACGCCCGACUAGACUCGAGUCCUGCCGCCACCCCAGCACCAUGGAGACUGGUUGCACAGGCCGCCUGGCACGUCAUGGCUGCUUCUCUCCAAACUGCGCGUCCCAAGGCGCCCCGGGGGCGCACACUGGUUCGGGAAACGCGCCCGCUGUGGGAUUUUGAAAUCGGAGAUAGCACUCGUAGUCCUGAGGCCUGCAGGCCUGGCUGGCCCUGAGGAGGAUUGGCUAUGGCAAGGAAGGCGGGCUUUGGCUCCAAGCGAAGGCCUGUGACAGGCAGAGGCCGCACCUGUGUGCUAUGGGCUCUGGCCUGGGCUAGCGAUCCCGGCGGACGCAGUGGCCUUCAAGGAACCCCCCAGCAGGCCUCUCUCCAGACCGGCGGAGGUCGAGGAGCUCAGUGGGCAGCCCCGGGAAAGGGUGAAUUGUGAGGCUCUGCUCGCCAUCCCGACCCCCUCGAAGAGCAGCUGAAAGGUGAGUGGACUUUCUAUGUGGCUUUGACCUAGAAAAGAGCCCUGGUGGCCAUUCUCACCAUCCCAGGAGAGGCUCCCUCCAGAGUCUGGGGCUUCUAUUCUUGCGUGAAUGGCACUCUCUCUCUCUUCAUAUAUAUAUAUAUAUAUAUAUAUAUAUAUAUAUAUACACACACAUAUAUAUAUGUAUAUAUAUAUUCAUACAUAUAUAUACAUAUAUAUAUAUGCACCUAAUGCUGGUUGGAGAAAUAAAUUGGGCGGCUGUCAACGUGAUAUGUACCAGCCUUGGCUAACACGUAGAGAUUUCAGUUUAAUAUAUUUUUUCCAUCUUUGUUUCUAUAGAAGCUAGAAAUAUACUGUUUUUUGACUCUUAGCUGAGAAACCAAAUUCUUUCGUUGACUGGGACAAUGAUUAAAUCGAGGAUCCGGGUCAAACCAUAACAAAUAUUAAUAACAGUAGUAAACUGCCACCAGCCCCAACACUAUGUGGGACCUGGAGGAAUGAAGCAGAAAUAGUGAAUGUAAACAUUUAUCAACAUCUCCAAAUGAUUAUUUUCAUCUUACAUGAUAAUAACUUGCUGGAAAUCACUAUAUCUGAUGGUCUUGUUAAAGAAACAACAACUCAAACAUGAUUUUCUUCUAACACAACUUUUUUAAAAUCCCUUUUUAAUUUUUGACUCUUGAGUUUUCAUUUUCACCUAUCAGAUCCUUUCCCUAAAGAAAUUCGAGGACAAUUUAAAAUUAUAUCCUUUCCUGCCAGGCCCUUAUUUAUAUAUGCAAAGAAGAAACUUUCCCAGCUUCGACUGAUUGGGGCACAGUCAGAAGGCUUCUGGGUGCAGCCCCCAUUGGGUGGGCAGCAGCCGAUUUCGAGGAUGCACCACAGUCUCUGGGGGAGGCCCAUCAUAGCCCAGUCCUUUCCCAAUGUUUUCUCCUUGGGGGAAGUAAGGGCAGAAAUCGGAAAGCAAGGAAGAGAUUAAGGAAGUCGUUGCCAGAUUCCUAGGGGGGCCUUGCCACACACCCCAAGUCCUGAACCCCAUCAGCCUGCAUUCGCCAGUUUUACAGAUCUUAUAAACACCCUCUGGAAAUUCAACCAAAUCAUAUAAAUAAAUCGUUCUUCAGGCUCCACAGAACUGAGGAUUUUAAAGCUAAUUCAAGGGGUUUUACAAGCUUAACAAAUACAGUUGUAAAAAUGCCACUGGAAAGAUAUCCCAUUUACAAAAUGAGAUUGAUCCAUGUGCUAUAAAAGUCAACUAUCUCAAAGGAACACCUCUCAGGCAAAAGAGCGCAGCCCAGGACAGGAUUUUCCUGUCCUGUUUGGGGAAGGCCAGGCCUGGGGCUGCAGUAAAAGCAGUUCAGAGAAUUUCUGGAGCUGGUGAGACAAACUGUUUCUGGUUCUGGAGCAACUGUGGGUGGCAGGUCCCCCCAGAAUGUCCCAGAAAGGGCAGGAAAGGGGACAUCCCAGGACAGUGCUCAUGGACAGGUGACCCAGAAACCAAGCACAUCCAUCAUUCCCGCGGCCUUGGGCCCGCGGAGCUGCCCGCUAUGCCCGGCUGGGCCAGGGACCCUGGGUCACCAGCACCUCUGAAAUGAGGACAGAGAUUCCACAUCUGGAUCUAUCUCAUCUCUGAGCUAUCAGGGUGGCGGGCGGAGGGAGAGUCUGGCGAGUUGGGCUUGGGCAAGGGGAGCAGGUCCCAGGGCUGGCUUCGGAGCUCAGUGUCACAACCACUCCUCUGUAGGUCCUUUCUUGUUGAAACCAGUGGUUUCUGCCCUCUUUGUUCCUGGGUUCAGAGGCAGCAGGAGCGGGGCUCACAGCUUGUGAGGGGUGCUUUGAGGCCAGGCAAUCGCUGGCCAUUGGAAGGAGGCCCCUGGAGACUGAAAGGAGACGUGUUGUAUGUGGGAGUAGGGGGCCUGCGGGGGAAGAGACUAGCCUCGUCCUGGUCCUGGUCAGCUCGAGGUGAGCCUUUCCCCUUGGCGGCGGGGCCCAGGCCCUUGGUGGGAGUGGGGAAGGAGAGGAGGAGGUGAUGCACCGAUUCCUAAGGCGCAGGAGGGAGGAGCAGGGGUGAACGCCUGGUUUCUCACAGCCCUUCUCCAGCUCCGGAACCCGCACCCACGGGUAGGGGAGUGCAGGGGGAGGGGCAAACUCAGGGCCCUGCCGGGAGGGCAGGCCGGCCCGGAGCAAAGACAUCCUCGUCACCGCCCCUCCCUGCGCGGGGCUGUCAGGUUUCCUGUUUGGAGAGAAAACCCAGCAAAAUCCAACAAGGCAAAAGGCGGGUGCGGGGUGGGGAGGAAAGAGCGGGCCUGGCCAGGUCUUUGCAUCAGCCCGGACGCGGGUGCCCCUACCCCGGCCCGAGCCGCACGCCCCUGCCCAGGCCUCGCCCGCCACCGGCUUUCGGGAAGAGAGCCGGGCCGGCUGGCUGUGCGCUCCCAUUAAUCUGCCGGGCGGGCGGCGGGCGGGCGGCGGGCGGGCGGGCUGGGGGCUGUUUGUAACUUUGCUGCCUCGGUCGCCGCGGUCCCCGGGGAGCGGGCUCCGGCGCUCGCUCCCAUUGGCCGCCGCCGCGUCAGCUGGUGCGAUUUGCUGCUGUCGCUUUUGGCGUUCGGCCAUCCAGAAACAAACCAGUUCGAUGACUACUAAUAGUUAUAGCCAGAUGUACUAAUACACAACAAAUCACAGUCCUGCAGAGGGGCGCGCAAAUGAGUUCCUAUUUUGUGAAUCCCACUUUCCCCGGGAGCCUGCCCAGCGGCCAGGACUCCUUCUUGGGCCAGCUGCCCCUCUACCCAGCCGGCUAUGACGCGCUGAGGCCCUUCCCGGCCUCGUACGGGGCGUCGAGCCUCCCGGACAAGACGUACACCUCACCUUGUUUCUACCAACAGUCCAACUCGGUCCUGGCCUGCAACCGGGCGUCCUACGAGUACGGGGCCUCAUGUUUCUAUUCUGAUAAGGACCUCAGUGGCGCCUCGCCCUCGGGCAGUGUCAAGCAAAGGGGCCCCGGGGACUACCUGCACUUUUCUCCCGAGCAGCAGUACAAACCCGACAGCAGCAGCGUGCCGGGCAAAGCCCUCCAUGACGAAGGCACCGACCGGAAGUACACGAGUCCUGUUUACCCCUGGAUGCAGCGGAUGAACUCCUGCGCGGGUGCUGUGUACGGGAGUCACGGGCGCCGAGGCCGCCAGACCUACACGCGCUACCAGACGCUGGAGCUGGAGAAGGAGUUCCACUUCAACCGCUACCUGACGCGGCGCCGCCGCAUCGAGAUCGCCAACGCUCUCUGCCUCACCGAGCGCCAGAUCAAGAUCUGGUUCCAGAACCGCCGCAUGAAGUGGAAAAAGGAAAAUAAACUCAUCAAUUCCACACAACCCAGCGGGGAGGACGCUGAGGCAAAAGCGGGCGAGUAG